UCACCCGCGGGCGGGAGGGCGCCACGCACGUCGCCGCGGCCGUCCCCGCGGGCGGGGACCGAGCCAGCCGAAGAGCCUCGGAGCAGCCGCGCGCCGAGCCCCGACUCUAUGGCCCGCGGGGAGCGCGCCGCCGCUGCGCCGCCCACCCACAGCCGGAAUCCGAGCUCCAGCACCAGGCAGAGCGCAGCGGCUCGCGCCGCGGGCCGGGGCCCAGGGGCCGGGCCGCCCCGGGCGCGGGGCAUGGGAGCCCGGUAGCCGGGUGGUGCGAGGACCCCCACGGCGGGCAGGACCCGCCGAGCGAAGACCGCCAAGCCCGGGGAGAACCGGAGACAGCAAACCGCCCGCCCCCGGCCGCAGCCCCGCCAGGGCCCUCCCCCGGCGGCGCGCACCCGCGCGCGCACACAUUUGCACACCUUUCCUCUGCUCCUGCCCAGCCUCGCCUGGCCCUCGCCGGAGCACCCCCGGGGGGCCGAUGCCAUGGGUAACAACUUCUCCAGUGUCUCCUCUCUGCAGCGAGGAAACCCGAGCCGCGCGUCGCGGGGCCACCCCCAGAACCUCAAAGACUCCAUCGGGGGCUCCUUCCCGGUGCCCUCUCACCGAUGCCAUCACAAGCAGAAGCAUUGCCCGCCUGCGCUGUCAGGUGGGGGGCUCCCGACCACGCCGCUGCUCUUCCACCCCCACACUAAGGGCUCCCAGAUCCUCAUGGACCUCAGCCACAAGGCCGUCAAGAGGCAGGCCAGCUUCUGCAAUGCCAUCACCUUCAGUAACCGCCCGGUGCUCGUCUACGAGCAAGUCAGGCUGAAGAUCACCAAGAAGCAGUGCUGCUGGAGUGGGGCCCUGCGACUUGGCUUCACCAGCAAGGACCCUUCCCGCAUCCACCCUGACUCGCUGCCCAAGUACGCCUGCCCUGACCUGGUGUCUCAGAGUGGCUUCUGGGCCAAAGCGUUGCCUGAGGAGUUUGCCAACGAGGGCAACAUCAUUGCCUUCUGGGUGGACAAGAAGGGCCGCGUCUUCUACCGGAUCAAUGAGUCAGCUGCUAUGCUUUUCUUCAGUGGGGUCCGGACGGUGGACCCUCUCUGGGCCCUGGUGGACGUCUACGGCCUCACGCGGGGUGUCCAGCUGCUAGAAAGCGAGCUGGUGCUGCCCGACUGCCUGCGGCCACGCUCCUUCACCGCGCUGCGGCGGCCGUCGCUGCGGUGCGAGGCGGACGAGGCGCGCCUGUCGGUGAGCCUUUGCGACCUCAACGUGCCGGGAGCCGACGGCGACGACGGCGCACCGCCCGCCGGCUGCCCGAUCCCGCAGAACUCGCUCAACUCUCAGCACAGCCGCGCUCUACCGGCGCAGCUGGACGGCGACCUGCGCUUCCACGCGCUGCGCGCCGGCGCGCACGUCCGCAUCCUGGACGAGCAGACGGUGGCACGCCUGGAGCACGGGCGCGACGAGAGAGCGCUCGUCUUCACCAGCCGGCCGGUGCGCGUGGCCGAGACCAUCUUCAUCAAGGUCACGCGCUCGGGCGGGGGACGAGCGGGCGCGCUGUCCUUCGGUGUCACCACGUGUGAUCCUGGCACGCUGCGGCCCGCCGACCUGCCCUUCAGCCCUGAGGCCCUGGUGGACCGCAAGGAGUUCUGGGCGGUGUGUCGCGUGCCCGGGCCUCUGCACAGCGGCGACAUCCUGGGCCUGGUGGUCAACGCGGAUGGAGAGCUGCACCUGAGUCACAACGGUGCGGCGGCCGGCAUGCAGCUGUGCGUGGACGCCUCGCAGCCCCUCUGGAUGCUCUUCAGCCUUCAUGGCGCCAUCACGCAGGUCCGCAUCCUCGGUUCUACCAUCAUGACUGAACGGGGUGGCCCAUCUCUCCCCUGCUCACCUGCCUCCACUCCAACCUCGCCCAGUGCCCUAGGCAUCCGCCUCUCUGACCCCCUGCUCAGCACCUGUGGUUCUGGGCUCCUAGGUGGCUCUGCUGGUGGGACAGCCCCCAACUCACCUGUGAGCCUGCCCGAGUCCCCAGUGACCCCAGGUCUGGGCCAGUGGAGUGAUGAAUGCACCAUUUGCUAUGAACACGCAGUGGAUACAGUCAUCUACACGUGUGGCCACAUGUGCCUGUGCUACGCCUGUGGCCUGCGCCUCAAGAAGGCCCUGCACGCUUGCUGCCCCAUCUGCCGUCGCCCCAUCAAGGACAUCAUCAAGACCUACCGCAGCUCCUAGCCCACUGCAGAGCCCCACCUGCACGCCCACUUCUGCAGAGGGCAGCCCAGCACCAGCUGAGGGCAAAGCCAACGGGGUCCCUUCCUUCUACAGUUUGCGAACUCUUCCUCCUUUUCCAUUAAACAUGGGAAACCAAGGUCCCUGGAGGUUUGGGCUGAGAGGGGCUCAGGCAGGGAGGUGAGGGCACAAUGAGGGGAGGGGAGAAGGGUACCCCACUAUCUCUCCUCUUUACCCAGAUUUCUGCAUGCCGAGGGGCUGAAGUCGAGUCUCAUGCCAUCCCUCGAGAUCUCAGCAGAUCUCUUAGGUUGUGCAGCCCGGCAGCCCGUGUGGCAUCUUGGAGAAUUAGUGAACAUGUAGCUUCUCCUGGGCAGCUGAGGAGGUGGGCUAUGGACUUCUCCCACCCAGAGCAGCUGUGAACUGCACGCCGUGUCUCUUUCUCCUGACCCCGAGUGGGUACACGGACAGGCUGCAGACUCCCGGUCCCAGGUCCUUGACCUUGGGCCGACCUGCCAUGUUCAGGAUCUCCCGAAUGCCAGGACUUUCACCAAUCAUCUCACUGGUGCCGUUUCCCAGGGUGUCCUUCAGUGUAGGCUGACGCGGGCCUUUCUGUCGUCAGGGUCUCAAAAGAGCAGGUCCACGGCCACACUUAAGGCCUGUCCUCCCUCAUCUCAGUGCCAGCCUUGGCCUGGGCUGAUCCGCCAUCGUGUGCCCAGGAAGGACAGGAACCCUUAGUGGGGUGGGGCUCUCCGGCCUGUGGACAGCCCCUUUCCUUAUUUUAAUUAAUUUAUUUAUUUGGUUUAUGGGUUUUGUUUAUGGGUUAUGUCCCAACCUGGGGUCUCCUGAAAUGCUACUAUUGGGGGGUUGCCAGGUGAAGGGAAGCAAGGAGUAGCCACUGGGAAUCUAUCCCCAACACAAGGCUCAUGGGUAGUCCUACUAACCCCGAGGAAGAAUUCCAGGCUGCAGACCUCCCAAGAGGUGGAUAAGCUUCUCUUGGGUGGGAAGCACCCACAUCCACCUGUGUGCCCUUCCUCCCUGGAUGGGAGCCCCGUUAGUGUGUCCCGUUCCUCCCUGGAUGGGAGCCCCGUUAGUGUGGCUGGUCCCAGGGCAUCCUUCUCUAUAAAGACAUCAGAAGUUCUGGAAAGUUGGGGAAAAUUGUCAACAUGUGGGUCAGGGACCAGAAUGUAGACCCUUGUUAGAGGAGGGAGGAUAGAUCCUGAAAGCCAGCCUCUGGUCCUGCUAAGGGGGUGUCCCUUACUCAUGGGCUGUGGCCCCUGUAGUCCUGCCUGCCUGUUCUGGGUUACUGUGGCAUCUUAGCCUAGACUUUGCUGGCCUUUCAGUCCUUGGCCCUCAUAUGGCUGGUUUUAUAUCCUCAGAGGCGGCUUCUGCCUUGAAAGGCAGGGACUGGGUCUCUGUCCUGGCCACUGGCCAGUCAUGUGGCUCUGGCCACAGCCCUUGCCCCCAAACUCCAGCUUCCCCUGGGUAGAAGUUUGGGGGUGGAACACUUCCUAUGUAGUUCUUGGGAGUUCUUAGGUGUCUCUGAGGAGCAAUGUCCUGGGGAGGCAUUGAGAAUGGAUGCCAGGGUGGGUCUUUGCCUGCACUGGGGAAUCUGGGCCACCCCCAGUCUUGCUUCUCCAGUCACCGGCCCUGGUAGACGCCUUCAGGCUGGAGCUGGUAAGUUGCCCCAUCUAGCUGGGGCUUAUCCUAGAAAUGGAGCAAGGUCCGAGUACAGAGCUGUGUGGCUGGAGUUGGGAAAAGAAGCCAUUGUCUGUUCUGCUAGUUCAGAGGUAGCACUGCCUCCCUUGUGAACUGGGCCACUGUGUUUGUGAAUAAAGGUGAUUUCGUACCAGCCUGAGGGCUGUGCUGCGCCUCUGGAGGUUGGGGGAGGGGGGGAGCCAGUGUUUGAGCACACCUUAGGGUAGACCCCUAAGCCCCGAAGGGCCUGUAACAAAGAAGCUGCCAUAGAGUCAGCCUUCGGAGCGUGGGCUGGGGCUCACACAGUGGG